UUCUUGCUCACUUACAACCUUCGUUAAACACUCCCACUGAAUAUAAAGUUAUAAACACCAAAGCCCCAGUUUUCCUUCUGUUUCCCUCAUUUUCCCGAGAAAAUUCAAUUUUUCUUUCUCAGAUCUGCAUGGUGUUCUUCUUCUUCGCCACUUAAAUUGUGUGGUUUUCUGUUUGGCGAGAGUGAAAUAUAGUUUUUUGGUUUGAAAUUCUUCUUCUGAACGGUCCGGCUGGGAAAAUCGGAGCGGUGUAGGGAGAGAGAGGGAUUUUUCCAUUUUAAUUGAGUCUUCUUCUGCUUCUUUUGAGGGGGUAGCCGGGGCCUCGGCCUCGGCGGGUUUUAAAGCCCCCACCUUUGAGGACAUCAGAUCUAUAACCUUCCAGUAUUUUUUUUUUUUUUCUUCUAACUAACUAAUCUCUUAGAUCGUCGCGGAGGUUCAGGGAUGCCGGCCCUUGCGUGCUGCGUAGAUACUGCUGUUACGCCUCCUGGCUACGCCGCGUGCUUAGCUGGGGACAGCUCCCUUGCCCCUUCGGUCCCCUUCUCCGCCACCGCCACCACCGCCACGGUUGCCAUCGAGAACUCAAACCCGUCAACCACCAUUUGGACGCCCUCUCUAUCCGCCUCUCUCUACCGCAUCGAUAGGUGGGGCCCGCCUUACUUCUCCGUCAACUCCUCCGGCAAUAUCUCCGUCCGCCCUUACGGUGCGGCAACUCUGCCUCACCAGGAGAUUGACCUGUUGAAGGUCGUGAAGAAGGUGUCAGAUUCGAAGUCCAUAGGCGGACUCGGGUUGCAGCUGCCCCUCAUCGUUCGGUUGCCGGAUGUGCUGAAGAACCGGCUGGAGUCUCUUCAAUCUGCUUUUGAUUUUGCCGUCCAAUCUCAGGGCUAUGGGGCUCACUACCAAGGUGUGUAUCCUGUGAAAUGCAAUCAAGAAAGGUUCGUUGUUGAGGAUAUUGUGAAAUUCGGGUUUCCAUUCCGGUUCGGGUUGGAAGCCGGAUCGAAGCCCGAACUGCUUCUGGCCAUGAGCUGCCUCUGCAAGGGGAACCUAGAAGCUCUGUUGGUGUGCAAUGGUUUCAAAGAUGCUGAGUAUAUUUCUCUUGCUCUGUUAGCGAGGAAGCUCGCUCUCAAUACUGUGAUUGUGCUUGAGCAACAGGAGGAGCUGGAUUUGGUGGUGAAUUUGAGCCAGAAGCUCGGUGUCCGUCCAGUGAUUGGAGUCCGAGCAAAGUUGAGAACCAAGCACUCGGGUCAUUUUGGGUCUACUUCCGGCGAGAAAGGAAAGUUCGGUUUGACAACGACCCAAAUUCUGAAUGUUGUGAGGAAGCUAGAGCAUGUGGGGAUGCUUGAUUGUCUGCAAUUGCUACAUUACCAUAUCGGAUCCCAGAUCCCGACCACCGCUCUUCUCCAAGACGGUGUAGGUGAGGCAGCACAGAUCUAUUGUGAAUUAGUCCGCUUGGGUGCCAACAUGCAGGUUUUUGACAUUGGAGGUGGUCUUGGUAUUGACUAUGACGGAUCAAAAUCUGGUGAUUCGGAUGUCUCUGUUGCUUAUGGGCUUGAAGAGUAUGCUGCAGCCGUUGUCAGUGCAGUUCGCUUUGUCUGUGACCGGAAAUCUGUUAAACAUCCGGUGCUUUGCAGUGAAAGUGGAAGAGGCAUCGUGUCCCACCAUUCCAUUCUUAUUUUUGAAGCCUUUUCUUCCAGGGCUUCCUCUUCGCCGGAAAUGAACCAGCUUGCUCUUCAGUAUUUUGCAGAGGGUUUGCCGGAGGAUGUACUCUCUGAUUACCUGAACCUGGAGAAGGCGGCGAUUUCAGGUGAGUACGAGAACUGCCUGGUUUAUGCUGAUAAACUGAAACAGAAAUGUGUUGAACAAUUCAAAGAAGGGUCUCUUGGUAUGGAACAAUUAGCUGCUGUUGAUGGGAUAUGCGAUAUGGUGUCCAAAGAAAUUGGAGCGUCCGAUCCUGUUCGUACUUUCAAUGUGAAUCUGUCUAUCUUCACCUCAAUUCCAGAUUUCUGGGGAAUCGACCAGCUUUUUCCGAUUGUCCCAAUCCAUAGGCUUGAUGAGAGGCCUGGAGUAAGAGGUAUUUUAUCUGAUUUAACUUGUGACAGUGAUGGGAAAAUUAAUAAGUUCAUUGGUGGUGAGUCGAGUUUGCCUUUACAUGAGUUGGAGGGCAACGGUGGUAGUGUUGGCGGUGCCAGGGGUCGGUACUAUCUGGGGAUGUUCUUGGGCGGGGCUUACGAGGAGGCCCUUGGUGGAAUCCACAACCUGUUCGGAGGUCCGAGCAUCGUCCGGGUGUCACAAAGCGAUGGCCCGCACAGUUUCGCGGUGACACGGGCGGUUCCUGGCCAAUCCUGUUGGGACGUCCUCCGAGUGGUGCAGUACGAGCCCGAGCUCAUGUUCCAGACCCUGAAGCACCGUGCGGAUGAGUAUUGUGGGCAGGAUCACAGCGAUUCCGGUGGUGAUGAUAGUCACGGAACGGACAGCGCUGCUUUAGCCAGCAGCCUUGCUCGUUCCUUCCACAACAUGCCAUAUCUCGUUUCCUGCUCCCUAACUGCAAUGAAUAACAAUGCGUUUUACUACUGCAAUGAAGAUGAGUACAGUGCCCCCGUCGAUUCCGUGGCCGCUGAGGACGAGCAGUGGUCUUACUGCUGUGCCUGAGACGGGGUUUCCAUUUAUGGAUUGUCCUGUCUUUUUUUUUCUUUUCUUUUUUUUUUUUGUGUUUUUAAUGUCUAUCGUUAAUUUGGGAUGUUUAGUUUUCGUAAGAGCAGGGCAAUGGGUCUUUUGCAUUAUGUGGGAAUUAGGGGAGCCGAAUCCCUCCUUAUCCUUUGUAAAUUCGGGAUCUUAUUCCCUCGCGUUUAAUAGACUCUCAUCUUUAGU